CGUCUUCUUUUCUUUGCUGCCGCAAACAGAUAGACGCUAAGAGAGAGGUAGAAAAUUGAUAGAGACAGACAGAGAGGUUCUUUGCUUCAGAGAGAGAGAGAGGUGUUUGUUUUCGGUUGUUUGCCCGAUCUGUGCAUAAAGAGUAGAUAAUUUGGAAGCUUCUGGGAAUUGAUAUGAAGGAGGAAGAACUCAGUAUUAAAACCAAUUGAUUGAGGUACGAAGCUGUGUUUUUGCUUCCGUUUUACAAUUGGAUAUUUGGUGCAUGAUAGCAGCCAAUAGCCAUCGUGUUUCUCUGGUUUUGUUAAAGGUUGGAGGCAUCUCUGGCCGAUUCAUUUUUGCUGACCUUGAUGAGCUGUCUGACAAUGAAGCCAAUGUUCCUGUUGAAGGUGAUGCUGGUGUUGCAAGCAUGGAGCAAGAUGUCAAUGGGGACUUGGCAAACUUAAAGACAGUUAACUAUGAUGAUCUGGAUAGUGUUUCAAAAUUGCAAAAAUCACAAAGAUUUGCCGAUAUAAUGCAGCUGUGUUUCAAAAUGACUCUUUUACUUAUUCUUGGCAGAUGUUUUGGUCUCCAAAAAUUUUAAGUCUCUAUAUGUCUGAAAAAUCUAUCCUUUCACUGUUUAUUUAUCAUUUGUUUCUUAUGCUAUGUAGUUGUUUGAAUGUUUCUUGAGUUAAAUUGUAUCUUCACUAAAUAGGAUAAUCCUUUGAUUUAAUCAAAGAAGAGAGAAGCAGGGGAGGAAUCAAAGAUAUCUUUUAUGAGAGUCAUGAGCACAAAAGUGCGAGAAUAGAUUAAAUAAGCUAAAAAAAAAAACAAUUUAAAGUUUGAAUAGAUUUAGUUAUUUGUAUUGGCUCCUCCAUAUGCUUCCUAA